AUGGAUUUUUCUGAGGGCUCAGAACGCGGGAGUACAGGACGGAGGGCGGAUGUAGCGCGGCCGGUUUCCAGACGUGGUUUCCGGGAGUAUACCAAUAGUGGGUCUGCUGUGAUGAGAAGUGGAACUAUGAGGCCCACAUCGGCAUACAGAGGAAGCACUGCUUCUCGCUUGUCUACAGCAGGCUUCGGGCCUGCUCCACCCACUGCUAGUAGGCAACCUACUGCUAUGACUGGCUUUUCUAUGAUUGAUAGACCAAUAACUCAACAAGGUUUAUCUGGUCUUCGAACAAGCACCGGUAGAGGGUUUCGCACACGUCAACUACAGGAUAAACGUUAUUGGGAGGAACUUAUGCAAGUAAAAGUGAGAGAAAUGAAAGCCGAAAUAGCGAGACUAACAGAGCAAGCUGAUGCAGGAGAGAGACAAAAGUCGGCAAAGAAACAUUACGAAACUAGAGUGAGAGAGUUGGCACAAGAGUUGACAGAUCUUCAAGGGAGGUUGGCUGAUUACAACACAGCUAUACGUAUAGCCAAUGGUGAGGCUUCAAGACAAUCUGUUGAAGAGCAGACCCGAGAACUUGAAAUAAAUAACAAAAAAUUACAAGAAGAAGUUGAACAAGUAUUCAUUGAAAAACAACGAAAGGAAAAUCAAUUGCGACAGUUGAGAGAGCAAUUGGAUAAAGAACAAUCAAAUAUUUCAAAGCUUCUAUCAGAAAUGUCGCCAGAAGAAAAACAACAGUAUAAUCAACUGGAAGCGACUGCUGCGGCUUUACGUGUGGAAGUAGAGCAAACAAGGCAACAAAUAGACCAUUUGAAUAGGGAGAAAGAAGAAUUUGCUAAGGAAAUAUCUGGCUCACAGAUUAAAAUGCAUCUAUUAGAACUGCAUCGCAGAUUAGUUUCGGCUGAAGAAAAACGUGAUAAUUUAAAAGAUGAAAUAAACAAUCGUUUGGAUCCGCAGGAAGAAAGAGAGAAAUUGUUAUUACAAGUCCGAGAAGACAACGCAGCUAUAGCAUCGCUGGACAGCAACGCGUCUAACCUAAAAGAGCAAAUUCGCAAAAUCCAAGAAUAUAUAGAGCAAGCUGAACAGGAUCUCGAAGAAGGCAAUUCAGAACGUCACCAAAAAUAUAGGGAACUGAAGAAAAGAGAAGAAACCAUGGACGCAUUUAUGUCGACUUACGAAGAAAAUCUCAAAAAAGAGCAAGACAAAAUUGAACAAUUGGAAAAAGAUAUAGUGUUCGCUUUAGAACAUAGCAGUUCUAACAUAGAUAUAGAUCUAAGUGAGAUAGAUUCGUUGAAGCAAAAAGAAGGGUAUUCAUCAUUGUACGACGACAGUAAGAAGACUGUUGAGAGCUUGACGAAGGACUAUGAAAGGUUUCAGGGUAAUUUAAAAAAGGCUGAAGCAACGCGAGAGCGCCUUGCAACAGAACUACAGACAUUACCGGAGAAAACUAAGGCCAUGCAAAAAGAGCUUGUAAUAUUAUCAGAUUUGGAAAAACUACAGGAAGAAGGUGAAGAACAAAAGAAGGCCCUAGAGAGUGAAUCAAAACUUGUAAAAGAGAAAUUAACACCAACAGAGAGCGCUGUUGUAGAAGCUGCUAACAAACUUAAGAAACUACAGGAAAGUCUCGAUGGAAACGAAAUGUACGUAAAAUUAAAUAACUUGGAAGAAGAAUUGGCACAGUUGGAAAAUAGAAAGACGAUUCUAGAAGAAGAUAUUGCUUCUAUCACAUUGAAAGCAGAUUACGAACCAAUUAAGCGAGAAGCUAUGAGUGAAGUUGCUGUUUUAAAUAAGAAAAUUAUGGAAGAUCUUAAUAAUAAUAAAACAUAC